AUGCUUUCCAGCAUGAAUGUGCGACGGCUGCUGUGGCUGGCCAGCACAGUUCUAGGCCAGCUGGUGCACUGCUGCCCGGCGGGGGUGCUGGGCGCCAUGCCGUUUGUUCUGGAGUACGCUAUCUGGCGCGGCUGGACUCAAGCUGUGCUUUAUACGCCCAAAAUGAAUAGUGCUUGCAGUUGGGCCACCGUGCGUCUGGUGAAGUGCUUGAACGUCAACGGUGUGGGGGCGGCAGUGGCGGGGGCGGGGGCGCCUCCGGGGGCGCGGGGGCGGCUGCGCACCCAGCUGGGGGUGGUCGUCUUCGCCCCCAGCAUUAACGACAAUGACAGCCUCGUGGGGCUGUUCAAACAGCUCGCCGAAUUGGAAAUGAACACGGCUCCGUUUGACUGGCUGGUCACGGCCAGGUCCGACCAGCACUUCCAGCAGCUCAACAAGAUCCUCAACGACUCCGCCAUCCGGUUCGACCAACACGUCAUCGUCGCCUACCCCACUAAAUUAAAAACUAAAUCCUUAGCAAUCUGUGAGGGGAACUUCGUCUAUAAACCGAAGAAGGAUAAAAGAAACAAGAAGUGGCGGUUCACCCCGGAAUGUAAUAACAACAGUGGCGCCGCCUGCAAGACGGAAUAUGAGAGGAACUAUUACAGAUCUUCGGAACGCUUUCAGAAUUUGACUCGCGGCAAAGUUUAUAAAUCUGCGGGAAAACUCCUCCCGUUGCUUCGCUCGGGGGUUUUGAAUAAUAACUAUUCUAGGGCGUUUGUAAUGAGGAAUAUUACUGAGUUCUCUCUAAACGCCAAGUUUGCUAGUUUCUGGCCGCGGAGCAGCGGUAGGGGUAAGGGGACUAUUCAUUUAGUGCAAUAUUUCAAGGUGCGUCUUAAUUCUACGCUGUAUGGAUACUAUUUAGGCAGCUGGGACCCCCAGAGCUCCAUGUCUGGCGUGGAGGCCCCCUACCCCGUGGAGGCUAGGAGCUUCCUCGGCGAGGCGCUGGUGGUGGGCCGCUGCAACUCCUCGGCCGGAGCCCCCGGCGCCGACGACGGGCCCUCCUCGCCCGCCCUGCUCGAUGAUACUCUGCACUUCCUGGCGGUCAAGUUGAAUGCUACGCCAACCACCAGAUACUUCACUAAGCUGGGGUUCCGCAGCUACGAGGGCGCGUGGACGGGGUUGCUGGGCGCGCUGGUGCAGCGCUGUGUGGACGUGGCGCUGGAGCCGGUCACCGCGCACGCGGCUCCGCACGGGGAGAUGGACUUCGUGUUUCCUAUCGCUGAGACUAUGUGCAACAUCUACAUCCACCACCAAGAGACCUCCACCGUCCGCGACAUAUUCCUGGCUCCGUUCAGCGCGCGCCUGCUUGCGUGCGUGGUGGCGGUGGCUCUCGCGGCCGCCGCCUCCGUGGCUCUGGUCUCCCGCCUGGCGCCUGCCCCCGAUGAGCGACCCAUGGAGUACGCGGAGGCACUACUGUGGUCUACUGGCAUACUUUGCCAGCAAGGAGGUAACCACACCCCGCGCAGCCCGGCCGCCAGCGCGCUGCUGGUGGUGUGCCUCCUGUUCGCGGUGGUCACCUACAACUCCUACGCAGCCUUCAUCACCUCCGUGCUGUCGGUGCGGGUCGCCAGUGUGGACACCGCCGCCGCCGUGCUCUAUUCUACCAACUUCAAGAUCGGCUAUAUCAGGAACGGGGCUGAUCAGAUGUACCUUAUGUCAACUAAAGACGCUGUUCUAAACACGUUCUACAUCCGCGGCUACUCGGACGCGGAGAACCUGGUGUCCUCAGCCGAGGAGGGGCUGGCGCGCGCCGCGGCACAGGACUAUGCGUUCUUCGCUGGGCAACGGGCAGCCAGAUCAACCCUGCGGUCGCUGAGCCAGGCGCGCGGACGCUGCGCCCUCCGCGAGCUGCCCGUGCCCUCCACCCGCGCGCACCUCGCCUUCCCCCUGCCCAGACACUCGCCCUACGCCCGGCCCACCCUCGUCAGCCUCCUCCAGCUGCGCAGCGGGGGCGCGCUGGCGCGGCUGGGCGCGGCGCUGGCGCCCCCCAUGCCGCGCUGCGAGCUGCCCGCCGGCUUCGCCUCCGCCCGGGCCGCUGACGUGCGCUCCGCUCUCAUACUGCUGGCUAUGGGGCUUGUUGCCGCUCUGUUGCUUGGUUUGGGAGAAUAUUGUUGGAAAAAUCGCCUGGAAAUUCAGAGAUCCGUGAUUAAAUCUUACCUUAAAAUGAAAGCACUUAUUCACUGA